GAAAAGCUGUAAAGCUAUAAAGGAAGCACUACGGCUCAACAACCCUGCACAGUUUUACACAAGAUGCACCAAAGUAUAUUCGAUGGGCCAGGACAACGAGAAGAGCAGUAUUUGGAUCUCAUACGUGGCAUUCUAGCAUAUGGGGAAAAACGCGCCGAUAGGACAGGAACAGGCACACUAACCCUGUUUGCACCACCUCAACUACGCUUUUCGCUGGAUGGCAAUAGCUUCCCUUUACUCACGACGAAGCGCGUACCGUUGCGUAUGAUUUUUGAGGAACUCAUGUUUUUUAUUCGAGGGCAGACAGAUGCGACCAUCCUGAGCAAAAAAGGGUGCAAGAUCUGGGACGGAAAUUCGUCUAAAAAAGCGUUGAAACACCUUGGGUUUGGUGACAGACGGGCUGGGGAUUUAGGUCCUGUGUACGGGUUUCAGUGGCGACAUUUCGGGGCCGAAUACACGAACGCGAAGGAGGAUUAUACUGGAAAAGGCGUGGAUCAGUUGAAAGAAGUCAUAAGACUUAUCAAGGAAAAUCCUACAGAUCGAAGGAUCGUCAUGAGUGCGUGGAAUCCAGCAGAUCUAUCAAAGAUGGUGCUUCCACCGUGCCACAUGUUUUGUCAGUUCUAUGUGUCUACACCCCCACCAGGGGAACCAGCGACUCUUUCGUGCCAAGUGUACCAGCGGUCAUGCGACAUGGGGCUUGGUGUACCUUUCAACAUUGCAAGUUACGCUCUUCUCACCAUCCUGAUUGCGCAUGUUACCCAGUUGGAACCAGGCGUGUUGAUUCACUGCAUGGGGGACGCGCAUGUGUACAAUGAUCAUGUGGAGGCGCUCAAAGCGCAAUUGGCGAGGAAGCCUAGACCGUUUCCGAAACUCUACAUUUGGGGAAACGGGAGUACAUCAACGACGGUAGAUGAGAUGGUUAAGGAACUGGAGGCGUUUGAGUGGGAACGGUUGAAUUUGGUGGGGUACGAACCGCACCCUAAGAUUACAAUGAACAUGUCUGUGUAGAAGUACAGAAAAGGUUUAAAUAAUCAUAGGCCCUUGCCACCCUAUAGGAAAGAGA